CAAGUGUCCUUGUUAGAGUGAGGUGACGUGCUCUCCUCACGCACACACCCGCCUGCAGCCGAAGUUGAAUUAUCUUGAACUUUUUGUACGCGAUGCGGAGCACAAAUCAUUGGAAGAGAGACUGAUCCUCGCUGUUUGUUUCCAGAAUCUAUUACUGUUUACAAAAUAGGACAUCAACAAUAGGGAAUUCACAUAGCAGAGCUGCAAAACUAGAUGAAGGCCUAUCAGGUAAAGUUAUGGAUAAUUUUAACAUAUGUUAAAUAGGCUACAGCUGUUUAGCGCACAGAAGUCAUUGCCGUGGUUACUAUCCAUAGAGCAUCUGCCGUUUACUCACGUUGUGCUUCUGUCCUGUUCACUGGCCAAGCGACUAUGUUGUGAUUUUAAGAACGUUCCUAAGGCCGACAUCUUCCCCAGUACUAAUCAGCAUGCAGUGUGUAGCUUUCCACUUCGCUAUGGCAUGUGAUUGCUUGUCUUGCUUUUGUUUAUCUACCUCUCCAACACAGUGCAUCCAGCGUAGUGUACCGAAGCCUCCCUCCACUGCUUGUUUGGGUGGGUGAUUUGCAGGCUGAUCUACAUCCCACCCCUCCUGUGACUCAUGGUUUGACUGUAUGUGUAUUCAGAGCCAGUGAGCAAUGGACUUUCAAAAUAAUAAUUAUAAAAACUGCGAUAAUAACGCGUUAACGUACCCAGCCCUAUUAAAAAGUCUACUUUCCUGCCGCCAUUCUGCUUAGCCAAUUUACUGUCACUUGAUCCUCUUUAUCAUCUGCUUGCCAGAGGAUGCUCUCAACUGGUCGCAAUGCUGGGCAACUGUAAUUAAGGGGGAGACAAAACUGUGCUAAGCUGUAGGUUAAAUAAAGAACCAAUAAAGUAUCCGGAAGAACCUGGAGCCUAACUGGAUAAGGGAGUAUACUAAUUUUAAUAGGGUUUAUCAUCCAAGAUGUUCCAUGGGAUUGUGGAGGUCAUCCUGUAUAUUUGAACAACAUAUACUAUAUAAUAUAUGUUUAGGAAAGUGGAAAGUUGAGGCUGAUGACCACUAAUACUAAUUACCACUAAGUCUUUUUCUUUUCCCCCAAAGUAGAGACCAUAUAAUGAGUGUUUCAUAUAUUAUGCAAUUAUUUGCUGUAAUAUUUUAUCUUAUGUUAUUUAUUUCAUUGCUGUUGUUUUUAUUAAUGAAUGAAAUAGACCUAGUUUUUUUUAAACAUACUGUGGCUAGGUAGGGGAGGCGAAGGUUGGGGGGUCGGGGGCAAUUUGUAUAAGUAAUACGUAAAUAGGAAAUGGAUCUAAAUUUACCUCUGAGAGAAAGCCAGUGUGAGAGACAGAAUAAUGUGGCAGUGAGCCUCAGGUGCAGCUGGGAUGGGAGGAGGCGGGGCAGUGAGCGAGAAGCUGCGGGAGAGAGCGCAAGUAAGAGGGAGGGGUGUGUGUGUGUGUGUGUGUGUGUGGAAAAAGAGAGAGAUUGAGUGUGCAAGCUAGAGAGACUAUGUGGAGAGGGAGGGAGGGAAGUGUAAGCCAGUCACAGCAUCUCUCCUUCUCACUGCACCAGGGCUGAGGGACUCUUCGUCCCCUCGCUUCCCUCACUGCAGAUUUAACUCAUUUCCAUCAGCGCAAUCAUCUUUUUUUCUUGCUUUUUACUUGCUGCUUUUGACAGAUGCAUUGCAUUCAUCUCUAUCUUUAUGCCAGGAUCUAAGGAUUUUAUCAUUAAAAACGUGGGUUGUCCUGUUAAAUGGAAUAAAAAGGGGGGACGUUUGCAGAGGACAGUGCUUAAAACUGGGACUCCGACGGGGACCUGGUAUUUUCUUUAUGCUGCUAGAGUGGAUUCUCCUUUUGUUGCACUGCCAGUGUUUUGUUCAGGGUGACAGACAUGCUGAGAAAGGAGUUGUAGGACCUCAUACCUCUACAACUAAACAGAACGCAUACUUCAGGGACUAAAGCAAGUUAGAAAAUCUAUGGUUGCAUUAAGCACUUAAAGAGAAUGUGCUAAGCCUCCCCUGCCAAUGCUUCAGAAUGUCACAAAAAAAAGGAAGGUAACAAGUUUAUGGGAUAAAUAUAUGGAUUGCCGAUUGAUACCCACACCCCUCUCUGCAAGUGUCUGCCACAGGAUUGCUGAGGAGUCAAAGUGAGUGGAGCGCUGAUUUAUUCAGCUGGCCUCUCGUUGCUCCAGGAGAGUCCUUCCACCUGCCUGCAUGGGAGUCUGACAUUCAACACUUUCAUCAGCUACUGGACUUUUACAUUUGUUUGUCUUUCGUGACUUGCAGUCCAGAACACUGAGAGGCAAGUUUGCACAUUUGGAUUUAAAGUUUAAAUCACAUUAAUGGCAGAACAUCCAGACAUUUUGACGCACUUGGUUUUUUACCUCCAUUCUGCCUAGGGAUGCCUUGUAAACACAUUCCCCCCCCAGCGCCAUGUGUGCUGAGAGAGCUGUGACAUUAUCUCCUGCGGAGAUCCCUGUGUUGUUCUAGCCUGUGUCUGUGUUUUGAUUCAGACAAUAGCUGGGCAUACAUGGGCUCCAGACACUGACCAGAGGACCACCAAAAUAAGGGAAGCCUGCUUUUACAUAGUAAACACACUAGCACCCACUAGCGCAGUGAAACUUUGGAUUGAAUUGAAGCGUUGAUUCGCAGAGAUGGAUGUAAUUAUUUUUCUCCAAACUUCAGUAUACACCAAGACAGACUCUUGAAAACCCCCUUUUCUCCCCUAAUCAGUGGUUACCUAAAAUGUAUCUUUUGAAAGCUAACUGCACCCAGUAAAAAUUAUCUGAUCUCUAGGUGUGAAAAAGGAUCUGCUGAUUUAACUCAUCUCCUUUGAGGAUCUGUCAAGAGAGAAGAGCAUUGUGUUUGGCUUCAUGCCUUACCCCCUUCAUAUGAUAUCCGUCUUCACAUCUUCUGUGCUCUCUGCCCUUGUGAGGACAGCUUAUGCCCUCAGCUUCCCAGUGGCAACCCUCAUUAAAAUAAGAUGAUGGGGCCACAGACUGGCAGCCAAAGCAGCAGGGAAAUUCACCUUUGGGAUAUAUGUUGGCCACAACACUAAUGUGACCCUGCUUUAGGUCUACUGAAGGAAUAUAGCUUUUUUUCCCUUUCUCUAUUCCUGACUGUUACCCACCCACUACUUUCACUAACCAUGAGUGAUUGGAAAAGGCGAGCUAAACGGGUUGUCCUACCCUGCCAGAGGCUGUAUUGAUUUUCCUCCAGUCAGUGUUCAUUUGAUUGAGACCCAGCUAUGUGAGAGUAAGGUGAAAGAAAGAGUGAGUGUGCUAGAGAGAGUAUUGAGCUCCAUUAAACUGAGGAAGGUUGCAGACACCCAGUGUAGAGCGGGCAGGGGGUGGGGGGGUAGGGGGCAGGCAGUUCUCCAGUUUCAGGCCAGCUGCCAUAUGGGUGGCACACCACAAACCUGACCCACCUGGAUAGCACCCAGAACAAUGAACCAGUCUGAACUGACAACGGACCCGGUGCUCAAUGCCAACAGCAGCCAUGGAGACUUCUUUCCUGACAGGGCGUCCAAUCACUCUUGUCCCUUGGGAUGGGGGCUAAACGAAGGCCUGGAGGCUUGCGUCCUGGAGACUGCUGUCAUUGUACUACUUACAGUGCUCAUCAUUGCAGGCAACCUGACGGUGAUCUUUGUGUUCCACUGUGCCCCUUUGCUACACCACUACACCACCAGCUACUUCAUCCAGACCAUGGCCUAUGCUGACCUGCUGGUGGGCCUUAGUUGCCUGGUGCCCACCCUGUCUCUUCUCCACUACCCAGCAGGUGUCCAGGAGCCUGUCACAUGUCAGGUCUUCAGCUAUGUCAUCUCUGUACUGAAGAGUGUUUCAAUGGCUUGCUUGGCUUGUAUAAGUGUGGAUCGAUACCUGGCCAUAACUAAACCACUAUCUUACAACCAGCUGGUGACGCCAUGCCGGCUACGAGGCUGCAUCACCCUAAUUUGGGUCUACUCUAGCCUGGUUUUCUUGCCCUCCUUCUUUGGGUGGGGUAAGCCAGGCUAUCAUGGGGACAUUUUUGAGUGGUGCGCUCACUCUUGGCCCACCUCUGCCCUCUUCACAGGCUUUGUGGUGUGUUUGCUCUAUGCACCUGCUGCACUUGUGGUUUGUUUUACCUAUUACCAUAUAUUUCGCAUUUGCCAGCAACACAACAGGGAGAUCAGUGAACGACGAGCACGUUUCCCCAGCCAGGAGAUGGAGGCUGGUGAGGGGGGGGGUGGUGGUGGGCAUCAUGGUGGGCAUGGACCAGAUCGGCGCUACGCGAUGGUGCUCUUCCGCAUCACAAGUGUUUUCUAUAUGCUUUGGCUGCCCUACAUAAUCUACUUUCUGCUAGAGAGCUCCCAUGUACUGGAUAGCCCUGCCCUCUCGUUCAUCACCACCUGGCUUGCCAUUAGCAACAGCUUUUGCAACUGUGUCAUCUACAGCCUGUCAAAUAGUGUGUUCCGCCUGGGUAUGCGUAGGCUCUCGCAGACAAUUUGCUCCUUCAGCCACUGCGCGGCUGAUGACAGGGACUUUGGGGAGCCUAAACCAAGGAAGAGGGCAAACUCAUGCUCCAUCUGAACGGUUGACUUUUACAGGAUGAGGAUAGUCCUCGAAUCUAUGAAUGGGAAAUAUGAAUUUUAACAAGCUAAACAGCUAGUUAAAUUUCAGUUAAAUUGGCAGGGUUUAACCAAACAGAAAACAAUUUCUGUUGCAUCAGCCUGUCAGCUGACUCCAUUGACAUAACCUUGGUCACAGUAAACCAUGGUUUAUUGCAUUACAAGCUUUUCAAGGAGUUGGGUGCAGUGUCUAAACAGAGAAAUUUAAUUGCAUGAGGGCCAUGCCUUUAUUCCAUGGUAUGUGACUUAGCUUUAGAUCACAUAGAAAGUAGUCUCGCCAUGGCUUUCUUAUCUUACUGUAUGUCAUCAGCCAGGUGAGACAUAGUAUAAAGACAAAACUGUAAAAGCUUAAACAAGAAAUAUUUCCUUAGACAUGAAAUGUGACUACACUUUUUCAUGCCUGUUUGUUGUUGUGAAUUGGAUCAACCUUCUAUUCGACUUCUCUGUACUCUCUGACUGCCGUUAGCAGAGAUAAGAGAACCUACAAUUACAUGUGCUCACAAACCUGUUUAAAGUUUGAAAAUGAAUAUUAGAUUUUUUUAACUGUAUAAACACACGCAGUGACAAUGACGUCAGCCGUUAUGCUGCUGACAAAUACCAUGACGUAUGGCCUUGACUGUUUUCUAGAGAAACAUGAUGUGGGCAGGUGAACAGGAGAGAAAAAAUAUCAUGAUGUACCGGUCAGGUGUUCUGCCCCAUUGGCCAAUCACUCUAAUGUUUAAAAACAAUCAGCAAUCUGAAGUAUUAGCAGAUUAUGGUUACCAAUUGAUUGGUGCACCCCUUCUAAAUAGCACCUUAUUUCCAGAAUUUAGACGAAGGAUGUGUCAGAUUGAUGCUGAGGCCUCUAUAUUGAGGGCAGUGAACUGAUGCUCUCGACAGAUAACUACCCAGGGUUUUUUUCCCCCAAGGUCCCCCCUUGCACUUAUGAAAUAGCCCAUCAGUGCCAGGAUUCCCACCAUUGGCAUGGCAUUCCUGAUAUGGCUGUGUUAUGAGUAUUCUUUGAUGCAUGAGCGCUCAUGACAGCUAUUUCUAACCAGCAAAUAAAUCAUCCUUUUUCCCUGUAUAUGGAGGGCCACAUAUAAUGGAUAGUGAAUAAAGAACAGAAUUGCCAAAAUAAAACACCAUUAUCUAAUUAUUAAUUUUAUAUUAUUAUAAAAUACAAAAGGAAGUUCAAUUUGUGUCAUUUUACAUAAGAAACCAAAUUCUGUAAGUGACUUAUGUGUCACUUAAAGGUAAGAAAAGGGAUAGCAGUGGUAGUGUAGACCAGAUUUAGCCUUGUUUUGGGUCCUUUGCCUAAGUGACAAGUUAUCUUUGUUGAAUCUUACAGUGGAUUUUAUUUCCUAGCAGCAGUGGACAGGGACUCAGGUCAAUGUGAUCUGAUCUGUCUGCAGGUUGCUUUGAGGUUAAAACUGAACUGAUCUGAAAUUACAUGCUUUCUUCUGAUAAAGGUUUAAGGCUAUCCAGUAGCAUAUCUCAUGGUGGUCAAUUUUCAUUACUUUUAAUUAGUCCUACUCUCUCUCAGCUAUACUAGUUCUGUUACUGAUAAACAUUAAGCGUUACUGCCCUCAAACUACAGGCCUGAAUGUCCUACAAACUCAAUGAUUUUGUGAACAUUGUGAACACCGUACUGAGUGGGCACUUACAGGGUCAAACCAAGUUUUUUAUUUUUUUUAUUUGGGGGGGAUAUUAACUUGGUAACUGGGCUUGUUUACCAGAUGACCGAUGCUGAGAAGAGCAAAGUAUAUGUAUUAGAAAUGAAUUUCUUAAUGGAUUGUUUGUAGGCUUCUGGGUAGUUAACUCCAUUCUGCUAAAGGUUAUAGUUUUUGUCUUUUGUUCUUCUGUGCACAUUCCGGCUUGGUAAAACCUGAAGACUGGUCUCCAGUGUAGGCCUUUUGAUGUACAAAGUGCAGAUGAUGUGUGUUGUUUAGCAACCCACAGACUGCCUUUGGUUAUGAUUCUCAUCCUUUGCAAUACUCCACAGUAUAGUCAUUCCUGUCAAUUCAGCUUGUACAUUUCCUUGAUCAAUGGAUCAGUGUCAAAUUCGUUUUACAUGAAUACAGCCACGUACUAUAGCCAAUGACUUAUACUGAUUCCCCUCUUUGCUCAUGUAGUAGUGUCAUCUGUGGUUUAGGCCUUGCUUGUGGUGUAUGUUUGUCCCUGCUAGAAACCAAGUGACACAGCAAACCCAGCCCCUUGAUGUUGUAACCGCAUUCUAUGCUGCUUAACAGUACCCCGUGUAAGUCAUUCCUCAUUUUAAAGCUGCAUGAAGUGAUUUUUGACUACUAGAGGGAGAAAGACUAAUAUAAUAAGCCUUUAAGUCAUUAUAUUUUAGUGUCAUGUUAGCAAGCAAUUUGCUACACAUCCAUUAGAAAUAGAGCUACAUGAGCAAUUUAUUCAGGGGUCUUUCGGGCCACCAGAUGAAUGUAAGUAUACUAUUAUUUUUAAGCCAAGAUUUGGUAAACCUGGUCUUUUUUGGGUUAUCUACAUGCUCUGCUCACUCAUUUACUUUGGCUCUCUGCAGUUUCAGAUGAGGCAGGUAGCCUAUAUUCAACCUGAAAUAAUCAUCUGCUGGGAGUGACUGCACAUGGUUGACAUUGUAUGUGCCGGCUCUGGUUUGGUUUUGUUGGUUCCAUCAACUAAGAUAACCAUCAGUGAGGUUAAAUCAGCUGUGUAAAGCUAGAGUAUGGGGUAUUCUUCAUCAUCAGCAUUCGCCACCCUAAUCAUUAUCAUAAUAUAAUCAGGAGUUGUUUGAUUCAGUAUAAAAAAAAUAUUGCUUUAUGCAGCUUUAAUGCAUUACAGAUUGUUCUGUAUACGUGCCUAAAGAUGUAUUUUGUAUGACAAGUGGAAAAAAGAUUGGUUGAGAAGUAAUUAUUGUGACAUGGACAUAUUGUACUUUUAAAAACAUUCUCCAGCUACAUGAACAUGUCUUUGGAUUUAGUUUUCCAUGACUUUGUGAUAGGUUCAGAAGGGUGUCCACUUGAAACAAGUAAUUCAUUUAUCACAGUCAGUCUGACCUUUGCCUUCAGGUAGAUACAUGUUCUAUUAUCUGACGUCUACAUCAUAUCCGUAAGAUAAAAGGAGACAGCAGGUUUAUCUUGUGAAUUCCCUUCUAUAGCCAACUGACCUGACAUAUAUGAGGCAUAAUAGUAGGGAACCACAGCAUAGUUGUGUCAAAUACUAGACUACCGAUAAUAUUUUUUUAAUUUUGAUAGCUUGUGUUUUUGGUGCUUCUUUGGAGCAUAGUACUGUGGGUUAGUAGAAGAAAUUUAGAGGCUCUGAAUUAGUGCUGUAUUAUCUUCACAAUGUGGUGACAAACAACAACAUCAUAAAGCAAAAUUCUGUAACAGCCUAAAAAAAUAGUACAGUUGUUACCAUAUAGUUGCAAUAUUCAGUUCAAAUGGAGAUUACAGUAUUUGGUCAGAAGAUGCACAAAUAUUCAUUCCUUUGGUGGGCUUUUUAUUUGUAGCAGGUAAUGUGAGAUGCGUGUCUUGGCUCAAGGUUUCAAAACUCCAUGAGCUAAUGAAUAUUUAAAAAAACAAAAUUGUUUAUAUAUGUCUGUAAUACACUGACCAAACUGAAGUGGUAGAAAAUCAAAACUGUUAUCUUGUUUAAACAAGUUGUCUCACUUACAUUGAUCGAGGCUUUUUAGUAAGAAGAGUUUAAUUACAGAAUAAUAUGUAUUUAUUUAUUAAGUUAUGUUUAAAUCUUUACACAAUAUACUGUAUAUGAGUAUACUGUAUAUAAAGUGUGUGUAUUUGUUUCUAAUCUGCUGUACAGCCAAACAAAUCUGACAAAUUCUGACAAAGGUAUGGCGCAUCCAUUUGUGUUAAAUUAACUAGACUGCUGAUGUUUUGAGUUGGAGGCAGAGAGUGUUAUAUUAUACAGUAUCUAUUUUUUUAUUUUGAAAUUUUGUCAAAGGCUAUGGUUUUGUUGUUGCUGCCAACUCAAUAAAGGUGAAAAUAGUAGACAUUCAUAUCUGUCUAGAUGUUUUUAUGAAAUGUAUGUGUUUCUGUAGCAGCAAUCAAAACUAGCUAAUGGGGAUACAGGUACCAGCAGUGUGCUGGUAUAUGAUUCCUGUGUUACGAGAGAAGAACAGUUGAACAAUGCCCUCAGUGACGAGGCACAUUUCCCAAACGGAGUUUUAAGUAUUUUUGUUUCCCGUAGUCCAGCCAGUGCAGUAAUGGCAAGCUAACCAGCUGUCACUCUUAGUAUUAGGGAUGG